CUUCGAGAUCUCCUUCUAUCGUUGUCAAUAAUUUGCAGCGGAGAAGACAGAAGCUCACAUCAGAGUUGCGGCUUCAGAGCCAGCAAUUACGUACAGGUUUCGAUCUAGCCUCCCCGCGUGACCAGGCUCAGAUCUUGACCUUCUCCGCCAUGAAACAGAUGUCCGAACUACGAGAAUCUCGCUCUGGCGAUUCUGCGCUGGAUCGAAGGCGUGAGAGAGAUUUUGAGGAUGGAAUCUGAUCCUCCGAAGGGCGUUGUGCAACCACAGCGAAGGGCGUGCGCUAGACCAGCAGAUACUUGGGGAGAAGAGAUGGCAGACGGAGAAAAUUCGGCUUGGGAGUUCCGAGGAGACGCUCUUUGAAUCGCGCGGCACGUCACUGAACAUGGCUGAAAGGAUGUUGAAUACAUGUACGUGACAUUCCCUCGCUUUUCCACACCAUUUCGCAGCUCGACGGUGGAGCCCGGUGGAGUGCAGUGCAUUCUUGCCGACCGUGCCUCUUUCCGCACAUCUUCCGCUCUUCCCUUCUACCGCGCGCAGGUAUAAUCCAGAGCUUUGCAGGAUGGUGGUGCAAUCGGAGCCCUGGCGACAAUUACUCGACUUUGAUGUAGACCGAUAUCUGAACCCAUGGAUCCCUCAUAAUCGACUUUAUAUCCUGCCCAAACCGAUUCGACACUGGCUUGGGUAUCGAGAAAGUCCGCAGAAAGAACCAUAUGCUGUCCUACAGUGGCCGAUCACAUUUCUCGCGACAGUGGCAGGACUGUGUCUGGUAGCUGGGAUCGGGAAUUAUGCUCCAGGAAUCACGGCGUGGCAUCCUCCAGUGCUGAUCGCUUCACUGGGAGCGAGUGCGGUCCUGGACUUUAACACGAUCAAAUCGCCUCUUGCACAGCCAAGGAACUCUAUCAUUGGCAAUACACUGGCAGCAAUCUGCGGCACGGCUAUCUCGAAACUUUUCCAGCUUAAUUCGGACUUUGACAACAUUCAAUGGGUCUCAGGCGCUGUUGGGUGUGCUCUGGCAUCUUGGGUAAUGUCUUUGACAAACACCAUUCAUCCACCUGGCGGGGCAACGGCUGUUCUGGCUUCGACUGAGGCGGCAAUCAUCGCUAUGGGCUGGAAGUUCGUGCCGCUUGUACUCCUCGACAGUUGUCUCAUGGUUGUUGUGGCUUGCCUUUUCAACAAUCUCUUGAGACAGUACCCACUAUACUGGUGGACACCGGGGAAUACUGGGCGCAAAUUGAGAGAAGAGAAGGCAAAACCGGAGCAGGAGCGUGAGCAAAAGGCAGCUGAAGAGGGCAAAGCGCAAGGAAAGGCUAUAAGCGACGCUAGCAGUGAUCGAACUCUUCGACGAGAGUUUAGCAAUCGUAUCGACUUUGUGGACGGUGUAGAGGAUGUGCAUAUUCGAGCAUUUAGGAUCGAGCUACCACGUUAUCUAAAGCUGGAGGAUGCGGAGGUCAUGUUGCUUGAAAAGAUUCAGGAGCGAUUGAGAAUGCAUGGCGAGGUUGAGAAUCCUUGAUCAAUCAGUCGUGCUUGCAUCGUGGAUGAUUUGUUCCUCGAGCGUGGUCUUGAAUCUCAUGGUGUUUGACUGCAUCGCCCUGUCUACAGAAGUGCCUGGGAGUAAUGCGAAUGAAUG